AUGCAUGUCGAAAAUUCGGAUGCAUUUAAAGGUGUAGAAUCUUGGGUACCUGUUUGUUUACCAAGAUUUGAUUCUGGAGGUUGUCUUCAUGCACAUAUAUCAUAUUUAGAUGAUGGUUGUGAUAUAUGUCUUGUUUUAAUGACUGUUAAUCCUGAACAUUUUCAAAUAUUAUCAGAUUUUAGACAACGUAUUGGAGAGAAAUUAAAAAAAGUUAAUGCCAUAACACAAAUUAAAAUUGCAUUAGGAAAAGAUCGUCUUCUAACUGAUGAAAUAUCUUGUAAUGAAUUAAGAUUUUUUGCAUAUAAAUCACGUGGUUUAAGUCAAUAUACAUCAUCAAAAUUAUUAGUACCAUAUACAACAAAUGAACAACAUGUUAGAUUAUUUGAAUUAAUACGUUAUGUAUAUGGACGUUUACAUGAUCCAAAUCAUCAAUUAAAAAUUGUCUAUUAUACUGGAGAACAUGAAGCAUUACUUGGAUGGUUAGCACCAGGUUUUGAAAUGUAUGCUGUAUUUUCACCAUUGGUUACAUUAGAAACAGUUACAUUAUGUAUUGAUCGUAUAUUAACUUAUAUUAAACGUGAAGAAAAUCAAUUAUUUAUAAUGAAAUGCGAAUAUUUUUAA